CGGUGGAUGUGAUUAUAUAUAACUUGAGCGGCUCGGAUGACAGAGCGGCGGUGAGCAGCACCUGCUCGCGCGCGUCACACUGUUCCAGCACGCGCAGCUCGAGCUCACGCAGCGCUGUACCUGACCCACACUGUUUCAUCGCUAAUUCACACAGAGAUGACAUCCCAGAAACAUAAACAGGGACUGGCUGAAAUCAAAGCGCUGGAGAACAUUCUGGACGGAUGCAAACUUGAGCUCACCGCCGUCGAUGAGGUCUGGCCGAACUUGUACAUCGGGAAUGUAGCACUCGCUCAAAACAAGAGUGCUUUAAAGAAGAUAGGCAUCACCCACAUCCUGAACGCAGCCCAUGCCAAACAGGGCAGUAUAGGAGACGAGAGUUAUUAUGGUACUGAGUUUGUUUAUCACGGUAUACCAGCAGAAGACUCAGGCAAGUUUGACAUCAGCGUACACUUCCGGUCAGCGUCUGACUUUAUUCACAAAGCCCUCAAGAAGAAAAACGGAAAAGUGCUUGUGCAUUGCAUUAUGGGAGUGAGCCGCUCGUCAACGUUAGUCCUGGCCUACUUAAUGUUACGUCAGCAUCUCACUCUCCGCGCUGCCAUCCAACAAGUCAUCCAGAGGAGACCGAUUUACCCUAACAGGAACUUUCUGGGCCUCCUGGUUGAGCUCGACACACAACUGCAGAGAAAACGAAUGAUGUGUCCAAUUCUCUGAGAGCACAGCACUGUCACGAACUCUCCAAUGUGUGUUGUGACAAAGACUAAUCUUUUUAAAUUGUUUUUUAGUAAAAAAAAAAUUCCUACACUAUGUAGAAAUAGGAUUAUUACAUUUUAAAAACAUCUAAACGAAAUUCCAUGUGUAUAUGCACACAUACUUGUAUGUGUAUAUGUGUACUUACAUACAGUACAUGUUUUAUAUGUAUCUCUUUCAUUUUUCAUUAUGGAAGAAAAUGUUCUUCCAAGUAAUGGAAGUUUGAUUCAGAUACAUGUGGAUAUAAGAAACAGGCUGGAUAUUUCACUAUAUGGCACCAUGGCAGGAGUGGGGGGCAUGGGGGCUUAGUGGUUAGCACGUUUGCAUUGCAUCUCCAUAGUUGGGGGUUCAAAUCCUGCCUCUGCCCUGUGAGCACGGAGUUUGCAUGUUCUCCCUGUGCUUCGGGGGUUUCCUCUGGGUACUCUAGUUUCCUCCCCCACUCCAAAAACAAGGCUGAUUGACAUUUCCAAAUUGUCCAUAGUGUGUGUGAUUGUAUCCUGCAGUGGGUUGGCACCCUAUUCAGGGUGUCCCCUGCUUUGUUCCCUGGGAUAGGCUCCCCUGCGAGCCUGUGUAGGAUAAGUGGUACAGAAAAUGGAUGGACAAUGCACAGCUGCAACCACUGAAGAAGGGUAUCAGGUCUUAUUCUUAACAGCAGUUACAUUUAUAGCAGAAUAGAUCUGCUUCCUGGUGAGGAGAUAUUUGAAGUAUCUUCAGUAACUGCUUUUAUCCUGGACUGAGAUGGAUCUGGAAUCUGUCCUGGGAACACUAAGCAUGAGGCAGGAAUACACCCCAGACAGGAAGCCAGUCCACCACAGAGCCCCCACACAUUCACAAGUAGGUGAAUUUAGAAACACCAAUUCACUUAUCAGCCUGUUUACUUACCCAGCAGAAACACACAUGGACAUAGGGAGAACAUGCAUAGCAACAGUAAUCCGAGCUCAGGAUCGAACUGAGAACCCUGGAGCUGUGAGGAGGAGACAAUGUUGAUCACUGUGCCACCAUGCCGUCCUUAUUCAAGGCAGGUAGAUUCAAGUAUGUGCAAAGGACUCUAACUUAUUAGAGACAGGCUGUGGUGGUGAAGCAUGGCAAAGUCAUUAUAUACAGUAUAUAUCAUCAUGUACAUUGUUAAGGACAUUUACAUUGUGGCUGUGUAAUUAUCCGCUAUUUAUUUAUUUGUCAUCAUUCAGAUUAUGGAUUCUAAAACGGCGGUAUUCUCUUCAAAGAGCCGUCAUGGCUCCAGGUUUUCAUUCGAACCAAAUAGGAUCCUCAAAAUUGUCAUUUGAGAAUCAAGAUCAGCUGAUUAAACAAGUGGAAUCAGUGAGCCACACUGGCCUUUUGCAGAGAAAUGUGAAGAUCCCUGUUCUAGAGGCUCAUGUAUGAAAUGCACUGUCUAGAAAGAAAACAUAAGGAUCCAUUUUUGUACUUUAUAUUAUAAUCAUGUAAUUGAGUUGAAAUAUUUGUGUAUAUAUAACCAUUAAUUGAUGACAGAACAUUUAAUCUAUUUCAGUUCAUUCAGUUAACAGUUGUAUUUUUUAAAAAAGGUUUGUGAACCCAUUUCUAAGAUCAGUAUUUUGAACUGAUAUGUGAUGGAUUUUGAUAGAUGGACAAAUUAAAUUUUGAUUAAGACUCUUAAAAAAACAGUCUAAAAAUAUCAUUGAUUUGUUAGAUAUAACAGAACUCAGAAUAAUUUGUCUCUGCUAUUUCCAAAGGAGUAAAAUUGCUACUCUUGUACAAACCAAGUGAAAAAAGGUUGUUUACACAGUUCAGAGACUGAAAUAUCAUUUGUAAAAUAAAGUCAUUUUACGAGGAA